CCGCGAUCUCGUUCUUUUGGUCAUUACCCAAAGCUCAUGACCAUAGGUGAGGAUUGGGACGUAGAUCGACCGGUAAAUCGAGAGCCUGGCUGUCUGGCUCAGCUCCCUCUUCACCAUGACAAAUCGGCUCCGCGUCCGCAUCACUGCAGACACUGAACCAAUCCGCCUGUUGAUCUCUCGAUCCCUCCUACCCUCACUCAUGAACAAGACCCGGAGAUACUUAAACUCUUCCACUUGAGGUAGGACCUCUCUCCCGACCCGUAGUUGGGAAGCCACCCUUUUCCGGUCAAGAACCAUGGUCUCAGAUUUGGAGGUGCUGAUCCUCAUCCCAGCCGCUUCACACUCGGCCACAAACCUACCCAGCAAGAGCUGAAGGUCAGAGCUGGAUGAAGCUAGGAGGACCACCUCAUCCGCAAAAAAGCAGAGACGAGAUUCUCCUGCCACCAAACUCGACACACUCCACACCACGGCUGCGCCUUGAAAUUCUGUCCAUAAAGGUAAUGAACAGAACCGGUGACAAAGGGCAGCCCUGGUGGAGUCCAACCCUCACUGGGAACAGGUCAGACUUAGUACCGGCUAUCUGAGAUUCAACUAUUGAUCGGACCCUCCUCUCCAGUACCUUGGAGUAGACCUUUCCAGGGAGGCUGAGGAGUGUGAUCCCCCUAUAGUUGGAACACACCCUCAGGUCAACCUUCUUAAAAAUGGGAACCACCACCGUGGUCUGCCACUCCACAGGAACUGCCCCCGAUGGCCAUGCAGUGUUGCAGAGAUGUGUCAACCACGACAGCCCUACAACAUCCAUAGCCUUGAGAUACCCAGGAUGAAUCUCAUCCGCCGCUGUGUAGUUGUUUGACUACCUCAGCAACUUCUGCCCCCGAGAUUGGACAGUCCAUCCCCAGGUCUCCCGGCUCUGGUUCCUCCUCGGAAUGCAUGUAGGUGGGAUUGAGGAGCUCCUCAAAGUAUUCCUUCCACCGUCCAACUAUAGCCCCAGUUGAUGUCAGCAGCUCCCCAUCCUCACUGUAAACAGUGUGAGCGAGUUGCUGCCUUCCUCUCCUGAGGCGCCGGACAGUUUGCCAGAACCUCUUUGGAGCGAUCGAUAGUCUUUCUCCAUGGCCUCACCAAACUCCUCCCACGCCUGAGAUUUUGCCUCGGCAACUGCCACCAACUACCCCUGACUGCAUUCCGGAGAUCGGGGCGGGGCUAAAUGUGGGCGGGGUCAAACGUUUAGAGGUGGGCGGAGACAACUAUUUGACUCCUGCGUCCUGCCCCACUCUCAAUGGAACCAGGAAACCGCUAUGCUAUAUGUGUGUGUGCAAUGCUGUGACAGGUGUCGGGACAGAGGGAAGUAGCUGCCAAAAUGGAGGUAAGCUAGGAUUUUUCUUUCUCUGUUUUAACAAUAUCGAGGACCAAUGUUGGGCGAACGUUUUAUAAACUUGGAAAUUAAAGGUUUUUUUCCCAUUAUGAGUUUUAGAUGAUACAUAUAGCCUAUUUUACACAUGCUUACUUUUGAGGAGAAAUGUUUACAGGGUUCCCACGGAGUCUUAAUGAAUUUAUGAAUUUGAAAGUAAUACCUUUAAAAGACUGGCGAAACCCUUCAAUUUUGGCAUCUGGGUCUUAAAAUUUGUGUUGGAUGUAAGUUUUCUGUACUGCAUUUUUCUUCUGAAGUUCAUCAAAAUAUUCCAAACAAGUGAUGACACCAAGAGAAGCACUAUUUUUAGACAUUUAUUUCAAUUUUGUGUCUUUACUGUUUGCACUGUUGCUUUUAUACAAUAGAAAUACUGCAAGAAAUUAGGGUAAUAAAAUUAGCAAUAAUAAAAAAAAUGUCUUAAAAUUAAACUAAAAUAUAGGCAACAAAAAUUAUUAAGGUUCUAAUGUCAAACCAGAUCGGUUAUAUUUUUAACCAUUUGUUUAAAAAUAUAACCGAUCUUCUACCAAGUGCCCACCCAGUGUUUUGUCAAAAUAUAUUGGUAAAGUUGUAUAGAUAAAUAAAUGAAAUUAGUUCAAUAAUUUUAUUUUAUUUGUUUACUUUUUUGCUGAUAGUGCCGUGAAAUAGGUAUUAAUUUUCCAUAUGGCUUUAGAAAGAUCUUAAACAGACUUAAAUUUAAGUUGAAGAAACCUGUAGGAACACUUUUAUAGCUUUGGGGAGAUAUGUUGUGUAGUCAUGAUUACUUUUUGGUGGAAAAUAUAUUUUACAGGGGGGAAAUAUGUUAGUUUUUUAAGCUUUUUAUGUUCGUAUCUGAGUUCUACACCUGAUGGGCUUUAUUAUUAUGGUUAGAGUGCUAAUCUGAUGUGUGUAAUUAUAUAAACGUUUUGCUCAGUCAAGUGGCAACAGAAUAACAUGAAUGUUUUCAUAGUGAAUGAAUGUUGUCAUUGUAUCACCAAGGUCUGAGGAAGACAGAGUGCAGGCACGAAAAAGACGGAGAGAGGAAAGAGUAAAACAGGGCCUGGAAGUGGUCCCUCCUAAGAAGUCCUGCCAUACUGAAUUAGUCUGUGCAGCAUCAGGUAUUGUUCAAACAAGUAUUAUUGUACACAACCCCCUAGGUUGUCGAAAUGGGAUGUGGGAAGAUUCAAGAUUCAACCUUUUGUCAUAUGCACAGCUAGAAAAACACGCUUUCUGCACAAUGAAAUUGUUACUUUGCCAAGAUUAGAAAAUUAAGACCGUUCCAGACAGAUCACUUUUUUUUUCAAAGCAAGUUUUUCAGUCAUUUCUCUAUUUUCAUUAAACCAGAAUACUAAGCAACUGAUCUUUUUUUACAACUUGCAUCGUUAAUAUGCUUUUUAUGAACCACAAUCUUUUUCCUUUCUAGCAGAGGCUGAGAACUUGCUGGAACUGGACUUUUCUUGUGUCAUUGUUUCUUCUCCAACCUUUAUUUUAAUUAGAGGUGUCAAAUAAUUCCAUUACUUGCAUUUAAUUUUUUACAGCCAUGAUUAACGUGUUAUAUAUUUUAAUUAUGUUUAUCAUUUUUAAUCUACUGCUUCUUUAUGGGACUUUUAAAUAAACCAAUUUCUUUUCUUGUUCUUGAAGGGUUGAUGUAAACUCAUAAGUUGAAGGGUUGACGUUACAGUGCCAAGACCGGUGAGAGAUUAGCUGCAGCAGUGUUUAUUUCAGCGACCUUGUUAUCUUUACUCCGUUUUUUUCACCCUUCUUGCAACUUUUUCCAAAGUUAUUGUUACCAUUUGGAUGUAAUGGGUGUGUCGCUGAGUAUCAAGGCUGCUGACAGCUUCUCUCCUGUAUCAGACGCACCUCCGUGCUGCAGAUUGGAAAGACCACAGCAUCAGCUGUUUGGCUAGCUGUUAGCAUUGAAAAUAAGGCUUAUAUUAUGUACAGUUAUUAGAUUAAAUUGAAAGAUUAGAUUACUUUCAGAUCAUACACAAUUAAUGUAAAAUAUGUUUUUAAUCUCUUGACAGCAGUAAUUUUAAUAUUGUCUUUAUUUUUGAUUAGGAGAAGUCUCUGCUUGAGGACACCUUUGAGGCAGCAAGGUGGUGUACCACAAGGUCCUUCAAAGGAAGCCUUUCCCUUCCCCAGGUCAUCACCAUGGACAGGGAAGCUUGCCGGAGGGCAGUGGAGAGGUUAUGCUUCUGUGAUGGCCUAGAUGAAGAGGAGAUGAACGAUUGCAGGGAACCGUUCCUGUUCAUGUUUAGUUUUCAGUCAGACUAUGAGGAGUUCUGCAGAGAAAUUGAGCAAAAAAGGAAGAUGAAGGUGCUUUCUGGUUUUGAAAUGCCAUAGUACAGCGGUGUCACAGUUUUUGCAUUCUUUUUCCUCCUCACAUUGUUUUUUUGGAGGUUCUCUUGUUUUUUGUGUGCUUUUUGGUUCAUUUGUUUGUACUUUUUUUUAUUCCUGUGUUGGCUGUUGUUUGCUCUAUUAAAUUUACCUUUUUUGAAAAAUUUAGUCUGCAUUCUUGGGUGUCUCACACAAUGUCUCACCACCCCGCCUCAUACCCUGGCAUGUUUUAAGAAGUAUCAACACAAUUUAAGUCUCUGUUCCUCUUAAUGUAGCUGAUAUAACGGAGUGUACAACAAAUUUACCCGUGUCUGUCUAUACUGUUUUACACUCACUUGGGAAAUGACUAUUAAAAUAAAGGCAGCAUUGAUAAAAUCAACUAUUAAAAUGGUUUUGACAGGUUCAAAGAAUAGUCUUAUAAAUGCUUGAACCUUUUAUAGAGGUACCAAAAGUAUAGCUAAAAGACACAAAUACCUAUGUGCUAUAAAUACACAUACCAUACAAAAGUAGAAAAAAGAAUAAAAAUAUCAGAACAGAUUGGAUCAAAAAUGGCGCCUGUAAUUAUCUGCUCUUUAAAAUUAUCAUGACAUCCAGCAAAUAAGUCAUUUGAUUAUCAAUGUUAUGCUUUACAUGGGUUUUGUGGGUUUUUAGGGCUUUCUAAUCCUUAGAAAGGGGCUACUCGCAGUUUCCUGGUUCCAUUGAGAGAGGGGCAGGAGUCAAAUAGUUGUCUCCACCCACCUCUAAACGUUUAACCCCGCCCACAUUUAGCCCCGCCCCGAUCUCCGGGAUGCAGCCAGGGGCUACUCACUGCCACAGCUGGACCCCGCUUGGCUAUCCAGUACCUGUCUGCUGCCUCCGGAAACCCACAGACCAGCCACGCACUGUAGGCCUCCUUCUUCAGCCUGACAGCUCCCCGAACCUCUGGUGUCCACCAGCGGGUACGGGGGUUGCCACCACGACUGGCACCAGCCACCUUGCGACCACAGCUAGCAACAGCCGCCUCAACAAUCGCAGAGUGGAACAAGGCCCACUCGGAGUCAAUGUACCCCACUGCUCUCGGGACGCGGUCAAAGCUCUGCCGGAGGUGGGAGUUGAAGACCGUCUUGACAGGUUCUUCUGCCAGGCGUUUCCAGCAGACCCUCACUAUGCAUUUGGGUCUGCCAGGUCUACGCGGCAUCUUCCCCUGCCAUCUGAUUCAACUCACCACCAAGUGUACUGAUGGGCAUCCUUAUGUUCGAACAUGGUGUUCGUUAUGGCCAAACUGCGGCUUGCAAAGAAGUCCAAUAACGAAACACCACAUGAGUUCAGAUCAGGCGGGCCCUUCCUCCCAGUUACACCCCUCCAGGUCAUGCUGUCAUUGCACAUGUUUGCAUUGAAGUCACCCAGCAGGACAAUGGUGUCCCCUGAUGGAGCACCAUCUAGCACUCGUCCCAGGGACUCCAAAAAAAGGUGGGUACUUUGUACUAUAUUUGGCCCAUUAGCACAAACAACAGUCAGAACCUGUUCCCCGACCCGAAGGCGCAGGGAAGCUACCCUCUCGUCCCCGGGGUUAACCCCAACACACAGGCAGAGAGUCUUGGGGCAAACAAAAAGCCAACGCCAGCCCUCCGCCUCUAACCUGGAGCAACUCCAGUAAAGGAGAGUGUCCAACCUCUCUCAAGGACUUGGAUUCCAGAGCCAAUGCUAUGUGUCGAGGUGAGUCUGACUAUAUCUAGCCGGUACCGUUCAACCUCUGCCACAAUCUCCUGCUCCUUCCCUGCCAGCAUUGGUGACGUUCCAUGUCCCAAAAACCAGUUUCCUUGUCCGGGUAUUGGACCGCCAAGGCUCCCGCCUUGGUCUGCCACCCGAUCCACACUGCACCGGACCCUUCAUGUUCCUCCUGUGGGUGGUGGGUCCACAGUUGGAUGAGCCCAUGUAUCCGGUUCGGACUGGGCCAGGCCGGGCUCCAUGGUCGAAACCCCGGCCACCAGGCGCUCGCUCACGGGCCCCAACCCCAGGCCUGUCUCCAGGGUGGGACCCCCGUAACCCUCCGGGCCGGGUACUCCGACUCUGAUUGUACAUCCAUGAAAGAUCCUCUGAACCGUUCUUUGUCUCACCCUUCACCUAAGACCAAUUUGUCAUGGGAGACCCUACCAGGGGCACAAAGUGCCCCAGACCACAUAGCUCCUAGGAUCAUUAGGGCACUCAAACUCCUCCACCACGAUAAGGUGACGGUUCAAGGAGGGGAUAUCUUAAAUCAAAAGUUGUUUGGAUGAGCAGUACUUCUGCUGUAAACUUUAGCCGUGCAAUCUUUAGCCGUGUAAACUUUAGCAGUGUAAACUUUAGCCGUGUAAUCUUUAGCCGUGCAAUGUUUAGCUGUGUAAACUUUAGCCGUGUAAUUUUUAGCCGUGUAAACUUUAGCUGUGUAAUUUUUAGCCAUGUAAACUUUAGCUGUGUAAGUGUGUAACUGCUGGGCGUUUGCAGUAAACCUCUCAUCAGCUCAUCUCAGACCUAUGAAUGUUUUUUUUUUAUAAUUGAAAGUUUUAUAGUUUCACUUUAAAACAGUUUUGUUUUACUGGCCUUAAAAUGUCCAGGUACUGAUUUGAGGGAGUUGUAUUUUUUGUUCUCCUUAGUGUUGCAGAGAAUGUUCAUGAUGACACAGAACAUUGACUAAGAUUCUCCCAAAAUGUGUCUUUUUCAAUCUAUUCAUAGAAUAGUUUUUAAUUAUUAAUUUCACCCAAAACUCUCUUGUUUGUGAACGAACACAAAAAAUGAUGUUCUUAAAAAUGUCUGCAGUAACGCUGACGGCGCCUGAUGAGUCUUUGGUAAAUAAACACAAAUAAAGACCUGGUCUAAGGUUUACCUUUCCUUCAGUCAGCCUUACUUCAUCCUCACCAGGUGGAGGAUUGGCAGAUUGUCGAGACGGACCUGAGCGACCCACAUUUUCCACUAUGAACCGCGCCUUCAACAGGAAAAAAGACAAGUCGUGGAUGCACACCCCGGAGGCCCUAGCCAAGCACUACAUCGCCUACAAUGCCAAGUUCCUUGGAAACACGGAAGUCGAAGCUCCGAAAGGCACAGAAGUUGUGAAGGAUGCGGUCAGAAAGCUGAAGUUUCAGCGACACAUAAAGAAGUCAGAGGGUCAGAAGACCCCAAAGGUGGAGCUUCAGAUUUCCAUUUACGGAGUGAAGAUUCUGGAUCCCAAGUCUAAAGAUGUGCAGCAUAACUGUCAGUUACACCGGAUCUCCUUCUGUGCAGACGACAAAACCGACAAGCGGAUUUUCACCUUCAUCUGCAAAGACUCCGAGUCCAACAAGCACCUGUGCUAUGUGUUCGACAGCGAAAAAUGUGCGGAGGAGAUCACCCUAACCAUCGGUCAGGCCUUCGACUUGGCCUACAAAAAGUUCCUGGAGUCGGGAGGUAAAGAUGUGGAGACGAGGAAGCAGAUCGGAGGCCUGCAGAAGCGGAUUCAGGAGCUGGAAACAGAAAACGCUGAGCUGAAGAAACAGCUCCAUGAGCUGGAGGAACAGCUGAUGAUCGCACACGUACCACCGCCGUUGCACAUAGACGCGUCCGACGAGGCGUUCAUGCUGCAGAGGCCCUCCUCUCUCUUCUGGUGUCACAGCAUCAGGUCUCUCUCCUGUCUGGAGAUCUCUUCUGUCACUCUGACUCCCAUGAGCUCGCCAGAGUCCAACCUGUCCAACGGGUUACUAACUCCUCCUCCUGCCAAACCCGCUGUCCCUCCUCCCAGAGCGACCGAGGGGUUCAGCAUCCCACGGCCUCGUGCGGGGAGCAUCUCCAUCAGACCUCAGUCCAUGGACAUGUUUGACAUGGUCCCCUUCUCCCCGGCAACGCCGCUGGUCCCGACCAAGACCAGCAACGGAUGCCCCCCUCCCCCACCCACCACCUUACCUCCAGAUAUAAGGAAAGACCUGUUUGGUGCCGAGCCGUUUGAUCCGUUCACCUGCGGAGCGGCGGACUUCCCUCCAGACAUCCAGUCACAGCUGGAUGAGAUGCAGGAGGGGUUCAAAAUGGGACUAACCUUGGAGGGGACCAUCUUCUCUCUGGACCCGCUGGACAGCCGCUGCUGAUGCCGAGGACAGUCCUCUGUGAGGCGGACUUUGGACUCGUUUGUAUAAAGAAGUGCCGAAAGCCACUCUGUGGUUGGGUCGGGGGUGUCACACUCGUCAUCUUCAGGUUUAUAAGCAUUUGCAUUGAGAUUGGUUUUCAAUACUUCAAGGUCAACUCAGAUCUGUUAUAGAAAAGAGCUAUUUUUGUACACAAGAGAAACACUUAUGGAAGGAGCAGUUUUGAGUACUUUUGCUUGCACAGGCGAGAUGUAAAUAGAAUCCAUCCAGCGGUACGCUCUCGGCCGAACUUUCCUACUUGUGUGGAUUUUAUUCUGAAUUACCGGCACAUUCCUGUUUUUAUGGAGAAGAAACGGCGAGGAGAAAACUGAAGAAAUCUGUGACUUUAACCUUCAUCUAUCAUUUAACAUCUGGUUUAUUUCAUAUUUAGACACAUUAUGUACUUUAAUAAUCCACUCUGGUGUUAUUUUUAACUUUUACAUUGUUUAUUUGAAUUUUUUAAGUUCUUUUGAAAUAAUGUUUGGUUUCUAACUUUGUCAUUUAAUUGUUUUUCCCUGUUUGGUCAUAAAAUGAAUUAAAGGUUGCCAUUAUUUUACUUUUGUUUUCAGUAACAUUGCAGUUAUUAAAGAGUCUCCAACUGGGGGAUCUGAUAUUACCCACCUGACAA